GGGGGAGGCGAGCCGCUCUGCAGCGCGGGUGGCCCAUGUGGCAGCCCAGCCAGCCCGCAGGGCCGCGGGCUCAGCAUGCAGCCGCAGGGGGAGCAGAAACUGCCUAUCGAGGAAGCGCUGCGCUGGCUGAGAAGGGAGCUGCUGGAAAUGCAGCUUCAAGACCAGCAGCUACUGGAAAAGCUGUUGAAAUUGCACACUGCCUUGCGGGAGUUGAAAGUGGAGUGUGCCGACUGGGAGAGUUCUGAUCCGAGCCGCGAUGGGUUCAGUGCAAGAGCCCGCUCCAGUUCAGAAGACAUGGGUGCACCAGUCUUGCCAAGAAGCAACUUGAAAUUUGGGGCAAGCAGGAGAAAUUCCCUCCCGUAACAAAUCUCGAGAGUCUACGGGGAAGUCAUCUGUCAGUUUAAAUAGCUUGGUUAGUUUUCCAGUAACAUUGUGUAUACCGUUGUUCUAGUGUUAGUCGUCAAUAGACAUGGGCACGAACCGCAUUGCAAACGCAAAAAACCCACGAACUGCUGGAUCGUCUGUUCGCGAACUGGCAGUUCGUGAGGGUCCAUGGCCAAUGAACGAGUAUUCGUAACAAGCCUGGUUCGUUGCGUUCAUCCGCAGUUCGUGAAGCCAGAGAGUCAGGCACCAUCAAUCAAUUCCCUUGGAAACGGAGGCAGGAGACUGCCUGAACUCUGUCUGCAGUCCUUCUGUCGCCCUGGAAACCCGAAUCGGCAAACCCUGAUAGGCAGCUCUGACGGCCAACCACAGACCUACUUUUCUCAGUGAGACCUCGGUUUAUAAAAGGGCACUGUGCUCCCGACUCUGGCUUUCACUUUCAGCAAGCAGUGGAGUGGGACAGAGCUGUUGCUUGCUACUUGCUAGCCUUUGGGGAGAGAGACAGAGAGAGUAUAAUUGAGCUGGGAUUUUUGGGAUAGGGAUCUAUCUCUGGUGCCAGGGCUGCUGCCAGGCUCUGGGGCCAAGCUCAGUGGGCACCUCGGCUGAGGGCUCGCAGUAUUAAUAGUGCCUGAUCUGGUCAGGUCUCUGGGAGUGCUGGGCCAGGGCUUUCCGUGAAGGCAGGAACGUGGGUGCUGUCUGCUGCUGGUGGCCUUGGGCACAAGGGGCAGCUCAGAAGCAGUUGCUGUCCCUUCUGGGCAGGGGGGAACAGGUCCCGCGACUCCCGACCUUUCCGCGAAGGCAGGAAGGUAGGGGAUGGGGAGGCAGGCCCACACGUAGGCACCUACCUGUCUGGCCACAAUCCCCUUUCCUAGGGGAAAUGAUGCCUCCCCCCAAGGGGGGGGGAAGCAUUCUCCUCCACCUCGACGGCCAGCACGUGAGCCUCCGCUUCUACACCUUCGCGGUGGGCCCCACCUCCCACCCUUGGUUCUUCCAACUUUCCAAAGACAGGGUAACGCAGAUAUUAAUGCGAUCCACCUGUCUACUCAU